AUGCCACGACUGUUCAGUACACGGCGCCUCUUCCUGGCCGGAAAGAAUGCAAUUUAUUUGCUUAUCCUUUUCACUAUAUUCUAUACGGUUACGUUGCACCUUCCUGGGAGCUUGAAACCUGAAGAAGUGAUCGAACGCUCUGGUCCACCACCCCCUAGGAUCUUUUGCAUCAUAUCCACAUAUGAAUAUCGCCACAAACAGGUCGCAACUCACAUCCAUCGGACUUGGGUCAGGCACUGCGAUCACUACCUCUUCGUCAGCGAUGACAGUGACCACUACUUGGAGCCGGCGGUGUUUAUGCAUAUGAAUGACAAGUGGCACCGAAUGAGGGCCUAUCUGGAGUACGUCUACAAGUAUCACUUCCAUCAGGGCGACUGGUUCCUCUACUGCAACGACGAUAACUUUGUAGUCGUGGACAAUCUUCGCCACAUGCUGAAGACAUAUAGUCCCAAUGAACUUAUUUACUUUGGAUGCAAACUGCGAACACCCAAUGGCCUGGUGUACAUGCUAGAAGGUUCCGGGAUUGUCUUCAGUGGAGCUGCUCUUAAGCGAUUUGCACUCGCAGCCCUGACCAACGAAAGUAUUUGCAGUUCGGAGGAGAGAGGCAAUACUUUCACUGAGGAACUGGGUCGAUGUCUCACUAAUGUCAAUGUGAUAGCCGGGGAUAGUCGGGAUGAGUUGCAGGGACAUCGAUUCCUGCCUUUCGAUGCGGAUUUGCAUUUGGGAUCCACAUUUAAUCAAUCCCUAGAACAGCACAAGUAUUUUCUGGAUCGUUCUUACUAUCCAGUAAUUGAUAUGCACUUGCCGGUCUCUUUGCAUUUAAUAUGCUUUCAUAUGAAUUACAUAAUAAACAUUUAUGAUGUGUACUACUUUGCAUAUGUAACUAGAGUUUUCGGAGUGCCGCCUAACUGGGACUUUGAAAAUGAAAGGAUGGUACUUGCAAAUAAAACUACAUUAACUGAUUAGAGUUCGCCAC